AUGAAAUUCUUGCAGUGCAUUGACCUUACUAAUUGUAAAAGUUUGGUGAAGCUUCCUGUUGGCAUUGGAAUGUUACGACAGCUGAGGUAUCUAAGCCUUCUUAACUCAGGUAUAAAUAAUAUACCCAGGGGUUUCAGUGGCCUAACUAAUUUAAGGGUAUUGAAGGGGUUUCCUGCCCACGUGGAGGGUGAUUGGUGUAGUUUGGAAGAAUUAGGACCUCUUAACCGGCUCAAGAGUCUUGAUAUUCGUGGCCUGAAGAAUGUAUCUUAUUCCACAUUUGCUAUAAAGUGCACUAGUAGAAGUGGAGGUGCUCACCGGUUGGUGAAACAGGAAGAGCAGCAACAAAUCGAGAAGGUGUUUGAUGAGCUCUGCCCUCCACCUUGCUUAGAAACUCUAGCAAUCGAAGGGUACUUUGGUCAACGACUUUCACAGUGGAUGACGUCGACAGCAAUUGUGUCCCUUGGAUGCUUGAGGAUUCUAUUCAUGGAAGACUUGCCUUAUUGCACAGAGCUACCUGAUGGCUUGUGGCAGCUCCCCAGCUUGGAGUUACUACAGAUUAGAAACGCCCCAGGCAUCAAGCGUGUUGGGCCAGAGUUCUUACUACCACACCAUCAUGACCACCCAAGCGCUGUGGAGAAAAUUUUGGUGACAGGAUGUCAUGGACUAGAGAGGAUCAGCAAUCUGCCAAAUUUGCAGAACCUCGUGAUCAUAAGAUGCCCAGAGUUGAAGGUAUUGGAGGGUUUGCCUGCACUUCAGAAAGUCGGACUGGAGGACUACGACAUGAAAACACUCCCUGGAUACUUGAAGGACGUAAACCCAAGGGAUUUACUUCUAGACUGUGAUGUCUCACUGCUCGCUUCCAUAGGUAAAGGGAAAUCUAGCCCUGAGUGGGACAAGUUCAGCCAUAUCAAGCAGGUCAAGGCACAUGCAGAUGAUGAUGACAACAACAUUGAAAGGAAGUGGUACAUGAAGUACACGAGAGAUCCUUUCAGCUUCAAGACAAACAUCAGCCCCUCUGCCGACGCUUCAGGGGAUGAAACAGAGGAGGUGUUAUUGGACAAAGUGGAGCAAGUUUGA